AUGGAGUCAUCCAACCAGGAGAACUUCUUCGAGACGGACACUCAGCAGGAGAAGCGCCAGCAACGUGCCAAAAAGGAGGGAAACCCCUUUGGCAACCCGUUGCGCAUGCCCUCCAAGCUUUUGGCUGUAAUCAAGGAUACCAAGUCGAACACCUCCGUCUUUGUGGCAGAGUCUGGAGGAAGGGUGUCGCGGGUGAACACCGAGACACGAACCAUCACAGCAAAAUACACCGGCCCCUCCGUCCCCGUAACGUGUCUCGCGACAGGCGGCACCUCCCACAACAUCCUCUUCGCCGGAAGCUGGGACAAGGCAGUCUGGUCCUGGGAUGUUGCGACGCGCAGACCGGGCCGCAAGUACGAGGGCCACUCAGACUUUGUCAAGGCCCUCGUCUGCGGCCGCCUCGGCGACAAGAACAUCCUCAUCAGCGGCGGUGCCGACAAAAAGAUCAUCGUCUGGGACGCCGACGCCGGCCGCAAGCUGCACGUCCUCCAGGACCCGACCACGACCAUGAUGUCGCUGCAGUCCCUCGCCAUCGACCCCGUCCUCAGCGGGGCCGACGAGAUCGUCCUCGUCAGCGGCAGCAGCGACCCGCAUAUCCGCCGGUGGAAGAUUACCCUGGACUCGUACGCGCAGCUCCCCUUUGACGCGGCUGCCAGAGAGAAGUCCGCAGCGGGAGAGGAGAAGCUCACGAUCCAGGAGCACGAGACGAGUGUGUACAAGGUCCUCUUCGACGUCACCGGCGACGAUGUCGACCUUUGGACCGCGAGCGCUGACGGCACGACCAAAUGUCUCCUUCGCGAAAAGGCCUUUUCCUCCGAGGACGCCUUUGAGCACGGCGACUUUGUCCGCGCCAUCGCGCUCACGGGCGACUGGGUCGUCACGGGCGGCAUCAACCAGCACAUCAAGGUCUGGGACCGGACUUCGGGGCAGUUGUACGCCCUCCUCGACGCGCACUUUGACGAGAUUACGGAUUUUGUCGUCCUGCGGGACCCGGCGGGCCGGUCCUCGGACGUGCUGUGCAGUGUCGGUAUUGACUGUACGCUGCGGACGUGGCCUCUUGACCGGAAGGGGCUGGACGCGGCAGUCGAGGAGAUCCGGGCUGCGGCGGAGGCUGUCGACGGACAGGAGGGGGAGGAGAAGCGGAAGGAGGAUGACAAGGAGCCUUUGAUGACGGCCGAGGAGGAAGCGGAGUUGGCUGCAUUGAUGGAAGAUGACUAG